GGGUGGGCAUUAAGAGAUAAUCAAAAGUUAGGCAACAGAGGUAGUGAUAGAAUAGAUGCACAGGCCAUGUAUAAAGAACUCCUGGAAUACGUCGAAGCUAGUGAUAUAGAAAAAAAGGAUAUUCCAAAAAUUACUACGAUUCAAAAUUGGAUAAACACAUAUGCUCAUACUUUUAAUAUUGUUCUUGCUAUAAAAUAUUCUUGA